AUGCGUAUUCCGACCCUCUUCCGCAUCUGGUACUCGACUACGUACACGGUCAUCUUCGGCAUCCUCCUCGUCCUCCUCGCCGUUACCCCCGCAGAAACCGUAUACCAGUCCAUCCGAUCUGACGAACUCCAGAAGAUCUUCGUCAUUGGCGGUGUCUACCUGCUCACCGUCUUGAUCAUUCUACUCAUCUACAGCACGCGGCUUUACACGAAUAGGAGCGUGCUGCAAGCGAUUCCGAAGCCAUACAUUCCCAUCGAGGAUGGCGAGGUGGGCAAGUUGGUGCGGAGGAUGAUCGUCAAAAAGCUGCGGAGGAGUGCAGUGGUCGCGUGGGACAGUAUGCCUCGGGAUGCGCGGGGAGAGGCGGGCGAUGAGGACAGACAUGGAACGGCGAGCGUGCAUCACAAGAGAAGGCAUGCAUUUCCAGCUACAGUCAUACCUGUAAAUCCUGAUUUGCCGCCAUGGGGUCAUGUCUCGCAUCCUGGAUGGGCGUCCCCUGCGAGUCCGGAUCUACCAAACUUGCAAUACAACAAUGUGGUCAACGAGCUGCCAAACCUGAUCGAAGCCAAAGCCGUCUCACUUGCGCCGCCUGAUCCGGCUCUGGAGGACCGCGCGCUUCGUAUACAGGAUACGCCUAUGCUACCAGAUGCGCAGAUCGUUGCUCUGCUACAGCGACCGCGGACAAUGGGCUUGCGCGACUAUCUAGCUCGUCUAUCAUCGUUCGGUCUGCUGAAUCCGCCCAGUCUCGGACCCAGGUUCCUUUCCCUCUACGAGUACGCACGCUUCUCCACAAAGUGCCUAACAGAGGUUGAAUUCAGAGGUAUCAUGGCUGUCUUCACCGAGAUACUCAACGGAAUGACAGAGCUAAACCCCGCAGUCAUGGACGAAGCACGCGCCGCCUCGUCCGAUGCCGAAACACGCAGUCUUGCCCCGACCGUCUCUUCGUACACCUCCCAUACUUCCUCGCGCACUGGCCUGCCAUAUAGAACACCUAUGGUCGACAACCGCUCCGAGUUUUCAUUCGACGAGAACCCUAGUCCAGGCUCACCGCAGACGGUGCAAACGGCGCCUUCGAUGAUCAGGACUAUGAGCGGUGGAGCCUUUGCUCAGCCAAGGACGCCAUCUAUCCGAUCAGCAGUCUCAGAUGAGGGCUCUGUGCGAAGAAGAACGGUACAGAGGAGUCCUUCGACUUUGCUACCAAACUCGUCGACUUCUUCGCUACGAUCAGCAGGCUCUGUUGUUGUGCGACUCAACCCCAGCCCCGAGGCAGGCGACCUACCGUAUCAAUAUCAAUACGAAGACGGAUGA